AUGUUGGUGUUUUUUACUGGGGUCAUAAAAAAUGUGGAGAGGUUAUUAGCACUUUAUCUCUCAAGUCUCCCGAGGCUUAGGGAAAAGAUGAUCUUGCAGUAUAACUCUACUGUUGAUAAAGAUAACGAGUUGAUUGAAGAACUUAAUGUUCAAGGGGAUGAAUAUUCUAAUGAAGAAAAAGCAAAGCUUGCUGAGAGCAUUGUGGUGGUGAAGCAUGCUUACUAUUAUCAUCAAAUCUUUAAGUUCUUCCUUGGAGAACUCAUGGUCCCAGAUGGAGAACGCAAAAUGACCCGCGAAUGUUUCCAAAAAGUUUCGGCAAUGGAUGCACUGAGGGUAAUAUCAGUCCAACUUCAAUUCAUUUACGAGGUGCUCUACACAAAAGCAUUGGCAAUCCAUUCCAAGAAGAGCUACAUUUGCCGCUUCAUAGCCUUCACUAAUGUUGUACUGGCUUUGGUCUUGUUCAAUCGCUUGAAGAAGCAUCGAUUCACCAUAAUCGACUUGGAAAUUACUUAUAUGCUUCUUUUCGGAGGAAUUGUACUUGAUGUAAUAGGCGUGUUCAAGCUCAUUUUCUCCGAUUGGACCAUUGCCAAAAUCAAGUGGCAUAAGACAAGAUCACCUAAACUACCUUCAUUUCCCCUCAAGUUGGUAUUCGCCAUGUCUGAACUAAGGAAGCCCCGGUUCUCCAAGCGUGAAGCAAAGUCCAGUGCCAAUGUUAGUUACACGAUUUUAGAUACGCCAUUCAUAUUACGAAGAUGGUCAGAAUCUAUCUCUGCUUGCAAUCUUUUAUCCGAGAGCUUGAAGGAAAGUCCCAGAACGAUGUAUAAAGGUAAUCAAUACUGGGGCAUCAUCAUUUUUUCUGAUAUCUGUAGUUUUCCAUUUCAUAUGGCUAAGAAAAUCAUCUCUCUUUUCCAUCAAGCUGGCAAGACAAUCACCAAAGGUUGUGGUCAGAAGAAUAUGGAAGUGAUGAUUGCGGAUACAAAGUAUGUGUCAAAUAAUCCCUUUAUUAAGGAGCUAUGGAUCUUCAUCUUUAAAGAGGUGAGACGUAAAUCCGAGAACACAGAUGAUCUGAUGGAGAUGAAAAAGAUAUUUGAGGCUAGAGGUGAUAUGUUUCUCCAAAAUUGUGCGAGGGGGAUCAAUUGUGGUAAUCUUUUAAAGUAUGUUACCCCGGCUAUUUAUGGCUUCAGUAUUUUAACGUGGCAUUUUGCUACUGAAAUUUGGUAUAACAGAGAGAAACAAUUUAUGAGCUACAUAGCCAGAAAUGACGAAAGGGAGUUCAGCAAGAUCCUCUCUGACUAUAUGUUAUAUCUUUUUCUUAAUCAGGCAAAUUUGGUGUCUGCUAUAGUGGGCAUUUCCCAAAUCACAUCAGCAGCUACGUUGGCCGAGCUACGGAGGUACAUCGAUGAUACAACCAAGGAUGUGGAGGGGCUAUGCAAGAUGUUGUAUGAUGAUCGGUUCGGACCCUUGGAUCCAAUGUCCCCACUCAGCGCAGGGAUCAAAUUGGCCCAAGAGAUGGAAAGCCUCGGGGAAAUGAAGUGGAAGGUGAUGAGUGGAGUGUGGGUUGAAAUGUUGUUAUAUGCAGCAGGUCAUACUAAGGUAGAGGAACAUCUGAAAGUGCCCAACAAAGGUGGAGAGCUUCUAACCUUUGUUUGGUUAUUGAUGGUUCAUUUUGGUUUUUACAACUACAUUUGUGAAAUGCCAACGGAUAUGCAAAGUCCCUGA